AUGAAUCUCAGGAAGUGCAUGGCUUAUGGUCCUGAAAUUUUAUAUGUGUUUGUGAGAAGGGUGAUACUAUAUCUGUAUCAAAUUUCAUUUCGAGACCGGGACAUAGGUGGCAUUGGCGGUGGCGUUGGCAGAGUCGGUGACGUUGCCGGUCAACCACCAUCUAAAAACCCGACAUAUGACAGAGCUGCUAAAUCAGAGGCUUUGAGCUCAAGUGAACCCGAGCCAAAAGGGAUCAGCAGUGCCUUACAUUCAGGAUGUUUCAUCAUGUAUACACUCACCUCAAAAGGCAUCUAUUCAGGGACAGAUGCGUUAUUCUCCUUUCAAUUUUGGAGAUCGAGGUUUUGGUCUUGGGAGAUUUCUCCUUGGAAGCCUGGGAAUAACGCAGGCGAUGACAGAGAAGAGGGGCAUUGGGAUUUGUAUGGAGGUUAUCCACAAGGGAUCGGUGGCCUUCCAGCAGACUGGAUAUAUGUAAGGCAAACCAGUAGACCAUUUGACCGGUGGCAAAUAAAGACUAUAUUUAUGAAGGACAUCUGUCAUAAUAAACUAUACGAGUACUACUGCAAUGGUUGCUGGGUCUCGAACGAUCCAAAUGGUGGGACAUGGAUUAAAAGGACAAUCCCAUAGUUCAGUCACAUCAAUGUGGCUAAUGUUAUCAAGAGCACAAGUUAAUUAUUAAAAUGUAAAUUAAAAUACAUUUUGAUAUACAGUGUAAUCAAGUACUUCCUUCACAAUAAUCAAUUUCUAAUAUCAAGUUCAAAGCUUUACCAAUUAAUGUCUUGUUAAACUUUAAAUCUAAUUCCAAGAUCUAUUUAGUUUGUAAAUUUGCACGUUCUUCAGUGUCACAAAAAGAAAUAGAUACAUUAACAUUUAAUGUACAUGAUUGAU